AUAUUGAGGUUGCCUCCAUUGCUAACACACACACAAAAAAUCGCUAUUGGAUUAUGUUGUAAAUUGUUCCGUUUUUAGUUUUCGAGCGUCUUUUAUUGCUCCAGAUAAAUGAAAAACAAUGAAGUUUUGCUUUCCUGUUAUCGCAAUCAAGUUAUUUAGCUUGUAAUAUUAAUGUUCGCGCGUAACUACUGGUUUCCAUUUGUCAAGCCGUUUAACGCUAGCGGCUAGCUAGCUUGAGCUAGCUGCUAGUGCUGUUGGUUACGCAAAGUUUGUUUCAUUGAAGCUACAUUAGUUAGCAAAUACACUGGACUUCAACUGAUACAGUGGUUUUAACAACACUUUGGGUCCGCAAAAAGCUUCAGAGGAUGCUGGCGACGGGAGCUGCCGUAACUAACGUCACAGCCCUGGCCCAGGUAGACCGGGAGAAGAUCUACCAAUGGAUCAAUGAAUUGUCCAGCCCAGAGACCAGAGAAAAUGCCUUGCUGGAGUUAAGCAAGAAACGUGAGUCAGUGCCAGACCUGGCACCAAUGCUCUGGCACUCCUGUGGCACCAUUGCUGCCCUGUUGCAGGAAAUUGUGAACAUCUAUCCAUCAAUAAACCCACCAACCCUGACAGCUCACCAGUCUAACAGAGUUUGCAAUGCCUUGGCACUUCUGCAGUGUGUUGCCUCACACCCAGAGACACGGUCGGCUUUUCUUGCCGCUCACAUCCCUCUCUUCCUUUACCCUUUUCUGCACACUGUGAGCAAAACACGUCCAUUUGAGUACCUGCGACUUACCAGCCUUGGAGUCAUAGGUGCUUUAGUCAAAACUGAUGAACAAGAAGUGAUUAACUUCCUCCUCACCACUGAAAUCAUCCCACUGUGUCUCCGCAUCAUGGAAUCAGGGAGUGAGCUCUCCAAGACGGUUGCUACUUUCAUACUGCAGAAGAUCUUGUUGGACGACACAGGACUGGCCUAUAUAUGUCAGACUUAUGAACGUUUCUCCCAUGUGGCCAUGAUCCUUGGCAAAAUGGUGCUCCAGCUCUCUAAAGAACCCUCAGCUCGCCUGUUGAAGCAUGUUGUUCGCUGCUACCUUCGCCUCUCAGACAAUCUCAGAGCCAGAGAAGCCCUGCGUCAGUGUCUGCCAGACCAGCUGAAGGACAGCACCUUUGCCCAGGUGCUGAAGGACGACACCACCACCAAGCGCUGGCUGGCUCAGCUGGUGAAGAACCUGCAGGAGGGCCAAGUCACCGACGCCAGAGGCAUCCCACUGGCCCCGCAGUGAUGAGGACAAAGUGUGUGUCCACUGCAGGCACACAAGGACUCUCUCAUCACUGUCUAGAUUUUGUAUUUUGCCAAAUGUGGUGCUAAGACUGUCUGCAAAGUGAUGGACAGCGAAGAACAAAUAAUAAAGGAAGAUUUCUUUUGCUUUCCGAUAGAUCAUUUACAGCAGUUUUUUGUCACUUCUUCACCACUGCAAACCUGUUUUUUAAGAGUCUGAUUGUAGACUUUCCAAACUGAUUCUGAUAGCUGGUACUUGAGAAUAAGAUGUUAUUUUAUUCUGGUAUUUGUUAAUGAGGGAAAUGUUUUUGGCAAGAUUUCUCAAAUUUGGUUUAGUAGGAGCUGUGUUAAAGAUAUGUCUGAGUAAGAUAUUUUACAGUUAAACAAUCACCUAUCAUAACAAAACAAGAGUCAUUUUUUUUUACAGUAAACUUCACUGAAAGUUAUGUUAAGUAUGAAAAAAAUUAAGGUAAAAUAUAAAUUAAAAUGCAGUCUGUAGAACACUUAUUGCUGCAGUUUACCGCACUGAACAUAUCAGUACAGAUUUAAGACUAAUGUCAGCUGUCCCAAAAUAUUUGUCCACUCUUGUCUUUUCCCCUGUAACUUCCUGGAACAUUACCCUGUUAUUUUUGCUUCUUGCUUUUCAAAUAAGACUUUUUAAUCUUC